CACUGACAGCAGCUGUGUGUCUUUACACGGAUUGUCCUGGAGAAAGCAGAUAAACGGAGAAAUGUUCAGCUGAAAAGCUCCACCGAGCUCAGAGUUUGCACAAUGUUUGUAUAACUUGCGCGUGAAAGGCAGCCUGCGGCUUUUUUGGACACCCUGGAUACUUUUCGAUAGACUGUGUAAUAGAAGAGUCCGUUUUGAUGAUGGCGUUCGCCAUGCUGCGGCCGAUGGCGACUCAUCUCGCGUACCCGGACCACAGCAGCCUGCUGUCGGAGGACGAGGAGACGCGCAGCGAGAGCGACGGCAGCUCGGAGCAGAGUUACGGCUGCUGCGCGGAGAAGAGGCGGCGCGUGGCGCGCAAGCCGGCGGUGAGCAGCGUGGUGAUCGUCAAGCAGCGGAACGCGGCGAACGCGCGGGAACGCGACCGCACGCAGAGCGUCAACACCGCCUUCACGGCUUUACGGACUCUCAUACCCACCGAGCCGGUGGACAGAAAGCUCUCCAAGAUCGAGACCCUGCGCCUUGCCUCCAGUUACAUCUCCCACCUGGCCAACGUGCUGCUCACAGGAGACGGCGACGAGGACGCGCAGCCGUGUCUAAGCGCCGUCUGCAGCGCGCAGGGGGAAACCGGGGGCAAACAGCCUCGAACCAUCUGCACCUUCUGCCUCAGCAACCAGAGAAAAGGGGUAAAAGAUGGUAAAGAUUGUCUCAGGAUGCGGGGAAUCGGUUCUCUGCGCAUGAGUCGCCGGUAGCCGGAACAGCUGAAGGUGGCCAAACUCAGGGAGCAUGAAGGAGCUUGAAGGGCAGAUAGAUAGAGAGAGAGAGAGAGAGAGAGAGAGAGAGAGAGAGAGAGAGAGAGACGCAGGAGCUGAGGCGCAUUGAGAAGUUGCGCUGGAGCACGCAGAGACUCAAGGACUCGCAAGAGAUUCAAGACAGCUCUUUAUUGAUUUCUUUCAUGUAUUUGAAAAAUUUGAUGCAGUGCAUAAACCUAGGUUUAUUUUUGUUCUUGUUCUAAAGAGAAUUUAUAGAUUUUUCUACAGAAAUUGUGUGAAUCU